CCUGAGCUACUUAGCAGCCGCUCUAUUUGUCAUCUAGUCAAAUUUGCGGAAUACCGCUGAUCACAGACUGUUUUAUUCCACUUCAUUCCCAAAGCCAGCGCCAGGCGUUUAAUAAGACAUGGAGAGGUUUUCUGUGUGGCUAGCUCUGGCCUUGUUUGUCAUUGUUCUGCUUGUACCAUACUCUGUGACUCACUCAUGUAGUGGAGGUAUUGUGAAUGACGCAGACUCAAGCAUAUGCUCCCAGGAAUGUGAUGACAAACAGUGCUUAUGCUCUGGCGAGACUCCAUUCCAUAUCAAUAAUUUCACUAGAUGUAACCAAAUUUGUAGCAAUUCCUCUCCAAACACUACAAAUGUCACACAGUGUGAUGACAUGAAGUGUCGGGAGAUUGGAGACUGUCAACAAUUCUGCAACAUUGGUUCCUGCUCUCUCAACUGCACUGCAAAAAAAAGCUGCACCCAAGCCUGUACUGUGAGAGGGAGGGAAUGCAGCAAGGUUUUCUGCUCCUCAGAAACCUGUCUUCAGGAGUGCUACGGGUGCACUAUGGAAUGUGCAAUUGGUGUAAAGAAUUGCCUACAGACCUGUCAUGGUGGUGUGUGUUAUGCAGUGUGUCCUGCGGGUGCAAAAUGCGAGAGCAAAUGUUAUGACGGCCUCCAAGGCAAGCCAUGUAAGGUGAUUGCUGGUAAACCAACGCCAAGUCCUGGCUCAAAUACUACUACUAUCAACACAUUACCUGCCUCGGGCUCUUCUGUGAUUGGCUAUGCUAUGCUUGUGACUGUACUCAGUGGGGUUAACCUUUUUCUGUAGAUGGGUAAAACCAUUUUACAUUGAACCCAAAAUUGAUCUUAAAUAUCUAACCAAUUUUUUAUAACUUCCAGUUACUAAACCCCCCAACCAUGGAGGCACAGCCCUGCCCCUAUAGGCGAUACAGCCCUGUUUUGUUUUAAAUGUAUCAUGCCUGAAACAACUGAAAGAAAUAUUAAUAGGUGUCAUAAACUUUCCUUACUCAGCAUAUUUUAAAUAUGUUACAUUCUCGUGUCUUUUAAGAAUUCUGGAACUUCUCCUGAUUUGUUAACAUCUAGAUGCAGCUUGUAUUAGGCAGAAACAUUAUUGAUAGCUGGAGUAUUGCUCCUGCUUCUCUCAAAUGGAAAAAAGGGGACUGUACAUAUUAUUAUACUACCUUUUAAUAGUGCCAUUUUGUUUUUACAUUAAUUUUUUUAAACAUAUUCAAAUCAUUGAAAUUAGUCAAACAUUUAUUACGGUUCUUAUUAGAAUAUAGUGAUCAUCAUCAUUUAGAAUUACUUUUAAAGGUAUUUUUAAGUAGUAGCAAUAACGAAAUAAUUAAUAUAUUCUGAUUUAUAACAAUUCAAAUACUGAUUUUUUGAAAAUGACAGUUGGCCAAAAUAUUCCUAGUGCAUUGUAUCAUAAACCAUGAAAAUAAAAAUAACCUGAUUCUAAAA